GAUCUGGACGAAAAAAACGUGACCAACGACUUCAAUAUUUUCACUUGCACCGUCAUCCAGGCUUCGUCUCAAAAAUAUCAUGUCGUUCCUUGGUGGUGGUCCACGGGCUGGUCCUUCUGGCGGUGUCAAUCCAGAAAAGAUUGAAAUGGCCAUUACCGAACUGGACACAGUGACCGACUUUUUCAACCGCAUGGUGGCGUAUGGACGUUUCUUCGAGUUCCUUUGCGAUGUCUGAACAUUGCUCUAGGUCAUGUCACAACAAAUGCAUCCCCGCUAGAUACGCAGACGGCGAGCUGAACAAGGGCGAGCAGGUCUGUAUAGACCGCUGUGUGGCAAAAUACAACGACGUGCAGAAGAAGGUUGGCGAGAAGAUACAAAGUAGAAGUGCAGCGAAUGCAGGCAGCUCAGGCUUCGGUCCCUUGUAAUCACCUUCCAUCACACCAUAUUUAUUCCAGAGUCACCGCUCGUGAAAAUCUAAAAGAUCGAAAGCAAUCCGGUAUCAAGUCUACAUCAAAACAAUUGUAGCCCGAAAAAAAGCAAAAAUAAGGAACUAUUUCCCAAAAGUCGGGAAGCAUUCAGCAAUGGUCUUGCUAUGCUUAUUCUGCGCAUGCUCCUCUAGUCUGUAAAUCGCUUAGAAAAAAACAGUCAAUAACGUCUAGCUGCCCAAAUACUCACGCGGGCGCCCGGGUAGUGACAAACUU